AUUGGGUCUGCCUCCUGCUCUGUGCCUGAGUGGCAGCAGUGGGCUCUGGCCGUGACGUUAAUCCGUGACGCAGGUUCGCCCUCCAUCACUAGCCGAGCCCACAGACAGAAAACACCACCUAGAAACCGAGCGAGAGCCCUCACGAUCUUUGGAAAUAUGUAGUUACGCUACACAUUUUAGCGCAUUUCGACGACAAAGGAGUUUGGUGAGCUGAGCAGCUACAUGGACAGUUACCAUGGGUGGUCAUGAUGAUGAAGAUAUGACAUAUGUUGUGAAUAAACAGAAGCAAGACGAAGAGCUAAAGAACAAACUGAAUGACGGCAGCCACUGGUGCGACCAGGAGUCCACCGGCAACAAUGCCAAGUGGGUCAAGGAAGGCCAAAACCAGCUGCGGAAAGUAGCGGAGAACCAGCAGGACCAAGACCACAACUGCAAUAUCAAUCAGAAUGGGAACAGGGAAGACUUCCCUCACCAGAACACCACUCAGGAAGAUCAACAGGGUAACGAGGAGCAGACCAAGUCUCCCAAAAUCCAAAUGACCCCUGGUCUCAGUCAGGAGGAGUCAAAGAACAUCCUUAAUGAGCCGCUUCUCAUUGACACCCUGGAAUCCACAGAAGAGAAAGAUAAAGAGAGAGAAGAGGAUGACAAAGAGAAGGAAAGUAAAUUGGAAGACGAUGAAGAAACAUCAGGUGACACCAGAGGAGAGAAACUGGCAGAAGAAGAGAGUAAUGUGGAGUCUCAGAGAGUGGGGAGGAACGCUUGCCUGCUUUUUUCCAACAUGAACGGGACACCAAGUGAUGAAGAGUCCAGCUGGCCUGCUCUGUCUCAGGACAACACAGCUGACAGCUCUCCAAAUGGCAACAGAGAGUCUUUCUGGGAUUCCAGCGCUUUUGAGACGGACACAGACCUGCCCUCGGGAUGGAUGAGGGUGCGAGAUACAUCGGGCACGUACUACUGGCACAUUCCCACAGGCACCACUCAGUGGGAGCCUCCUUCACCCCUGGGUAAAGUUGGGGACUCCAUGAUGUCCUCCACGAUGUCCCUGGAGACUACGCCCUGCGAGGAACCUGAGGAAUCUUGGGCCCAACUGUCCAGCACUGAUGAAGGUGCUGGUGAAGGGGAACUGUGGAAGGAGGAGGGAGAAGUUGCAUCUGAUCAAAGUCUGAAGGAGUUUGAAGGAGCAACUUUACGCUAUGCAUCUAUCAACCUGAAUUAUAAUUGCUCCCAAUCUGAGGAUGAAGAGAAGCUUGCUCCACUCUGCACAGACUUAGAAACUAAGUGUUUCGCAGUGCGCUCUCUGGGCUGGGUUGAGAUGUCUGAGGACGACAUGGCACCUGGCAAGAGUAGUGUCGCUGUCAACAACUGCAUCAGGCAGCUCUCUUAUCACAAACACAACCUUCAUGACACCGCUGGGAUCUGGGGAGAGGGUAAAGACAUGCUAAUGGUCCUGGAGAAUGACACCAUGAAGUUGAUCGACCCACUGGGCCAGACUUUGCUUCAUGCUCAGCCGAUUGGCAGCAUCCGGGUCUGGGGUGUCGGCAGAGACAACGGCAGGGAAAGGGAUUUUGCUUAUGUUGCACGAGACAACCUGACCCAAGUUCUGAAGUGUCACGUUUUCCGCUGCGACUCGCCCGCCAAGAACAUUGCCACCAGCUUACAUGAGAUGUGUUCAAAGAUAAUGAUGGAGAGAAAGGCCUCCAAGCCAGGGGUGAGCAGGCUCAACUCUGACCCAGGCAAACCUGUGGUCAUCCCUGUUGAAGAGUUUCCAGCUCCAAAAAAUGAACUCUUCCAGCGCUUCCGUGUUUAUUACCUGGGCAAUCAGCCUGUGGCUAAACCCGUUGGUAUGGACAUAGUCAAUGAAACACUAGAGACAGCAAUGAAUGGCAGAGAUAAAAAUGACUGGACUCCUGUCUUUGUGAAUGUUGCACCAGCCACCCUCACAAUACUUUCACGACAGGAUGAGGAGGUGCUGUCAGAGUGCAGGGUGCGUUUCCUGUCUUUCAUGGGUGUGGGGAAGGACGUCCACACCUUUGCGUUCAUCAUGGCGGAAGGUCCCCACGAUUUCACCUGUCACAUGUUUUGGUGUGAACCCAAUGCGGCCAGUCUGAGUGAGGCCGUGCAGGCUGCCUGCAUGCUUCGCUACCAGAAAUGUUUGGAUGCACGUCCGCCCAGCCUCGCCUCCUGCCUGCCCACGCCUCCUGCCGACUCUGUGGCUCGCCGCGUCAAGAAAGGCAUGCAGAGUCUGCUCGGCAGCUUCAAGAGCUACAGGUCAGGAUCUCAGUCCCCGUGAGCUCGAGUGCAGAUGAUACACUGUCCUUUAAACACAGGACCCAUCACAACAGCCCCCGUUUCACUCUCACUUGUCCUUCUCUUCAUCCUUCUGCCUUACGACUUGUCUCGUCACUUAGUCUACAGUGUGCAGAGUAGUUUGUGGGGAAAAUGUGUGUCUGAAAAGAUUGCAUUUAUUUAUAUAUUUUUUUCGGCUUUUACUUUAUACAAGAAUUUUAAACUCUCAUCUCCAAACAGAUGAGCCCCUGGCAUCAAAUGUUGUCUUUGCCGGGACUCCUCCUGUGAGUCUUUAAUAUUUUUGUGUUUUAACAGAAACAAUGCCAUGAAUGUUGAAUAUGGAUGUAUUAUAUUUUAAAUGCAAUGCUAGAUUUUGCUUGAAAAAGAGGUUGAUAAAUUCCCUCACACAUAUGCUCUCGUCCCCUCGUACCCCUCAGUGCAAUUAUCAUCUCCGGCACGCCUCCUUUUCUACUGUUUUAAAGACCGUACUGUAAACCACUUGUGGUCGGUUGGUGUCAGAUCCCCAAACUGAUUUUCUAAAACAUCACAGCAUCUCUCUCUCUCUCUCUCUCUCUCUCACCUUAGGUUGUAACAAAAGAGUUUUAGAUGUCUCGGUGAUGUGCCACGUAGUCAUGUACCCCGCUCCCCGACUCAAACAAUGUAUUUUCAGUCUUCCAAAGAACUCUACGGUCAUCUGUCACAUAGUGAGCAAACACUGAUUUGAGUGGAGUGUGUUUCUCAUUCAUUCUGCAUGAACAUUUGCAAGUUCAGUGCUAGUGUGCAAUAAUCAGAUGUUCCAGUGCGGUUGCCAUGCGAUUAUUUGUUCACUUUAUUUGAGAGAGUCUGAAAAGAUUUUGAGUGAGGCUAAUGGAACAACAGAGCCAUGUUUAAAAUCAUUAUAUUAUGAUAGAUAUAAUAGUAAUAAAAACAAUCUACAAACUCUGGGUUUUCUCAAAGACAUUUACCACCAACAACUUCUGAAUAGUACUGUAGAAACUCACCACAGGCUGCAUGUUUUGAUAGCUUAGAGUUUUUGCUGCUUGCAGCAUUGUAGUGCUUAAGAGCCAUCAGUGUAUCCUGUAAAUUCUUUCUGUGUUUCUGUAUGGUAAAAGAGGAGGCUGGAGCUGAUGUGUUGUUUCGUGUUACAUAGGCAUGUCACUCUAGGUAGUGUCAGUGUUUAUCAUAAGCUAGCAGUAGAAAGUUAGACUUCCUGUCAGGUUCUUCAACACUGAAAAGUUGAGAGCAAAUUGAUGUCUGUAUUUAGUUUGUCACAGGGAAACCUAGAGAUGAUCUCUAAGUGGUUUACAUUUUUAUUCUUUUCCUAUGCCAGACUUUAAUGUGUGUGGGUACCUGGCCGCUCCAGUUAAUGUAUUUUUUUUAUCGUUUUCACACACUACAGUGUACACAUUUAAGACGAUUUUCACAUUAGCUCGUUUAGAUUUAGUUUUUAUAAAGAACACACUACUAAGCCGAGUUGUAUUUUAUCUUUGUGUCUGUCAGUGAACAAUACUGUAUGUAGCACAAUAGUAAGUCAUCUAAUGUUAAAGAUGCAGUUUGUGAGAUGUUUUGGACACUAGGGGGCGUCUGUUUGACCAUGUUGUAUAAAAAAUAGUUUCACAUCAAAUGCAUCGCCACGAGUAAAUGACAACACAUAAUAAUGUAAAAGGAAUCCAGAGUUAAAAUUGUGUCUGAAACAUCUUUAAUUCAUUAAUAUAUAAAAGAUAAAUAUAUUUUAUGGAACAUUAAACCCCCUUAAAUGCAUUGGUGCAAAAUAAUGCACAUCUUUUCUCUAAGAUAAAGCCAUUUUUAAAAAAUGAUUUAAGCUAACGACUGACGUUAUUAGUUUUCUGACUUAGUCUCUUAAAUAACACUUUGAUAUAGUUAAAAGCUAAAAUCAGAGGACCAGCACUAUGGAAAGUGUUUAAUCUAUAUUUAAAAGAUAAAACCAAAUGUUGGUGCUUCAGACAAGUGUGACAGUGUCGUUUUAAACAAGUUUUUUAACAUCUGUUCAUUUGUCUCCAUCCAGUUGUGGAAGCAAAGCUCCACGCUGGCCUCUCCAUUCGUUCAAACUCACAACACUAAAACUCUUACCAACUGCUUCUUUUAUGUGCGUAAAAAAUAUAACACUACUGAAACUUAGACUACAUUGACUCAUAUUACUGCCUUGUCACUCAUGUGUCACUUGGAAUUAUUGUGCUUUUUCUCCUUCAACGAUUGCUGUGUCCAGUCAAUGGCAACACUAAAGCCAGAUGAGUUAAAGAACAUUAGCAGAUUAAUUUAUUUCUGUUCAUGUAAAUUAGGUGUAUAAAAUGUAUGUAUAUAAAAGUCACUGCACAAUAAAUGUGAACAUAUCAUAACUGA